AUUGGAGCCAGCUCGCAAGAAUGGUCAAGAACGGUAGGAUAACGGUGAUGGUGAGGCCCAGCAAGUCGUCCUCUUCUAAUAAUAAUAUUAGACGUCAAAGAAUUCAUCCGACGAGACCGACUUCACUUUAUUUCGAUUGGUCGUUGAAGCCAAUGACAAUUUGGCUUCAACUGUGUGGAAUCCAGCCACCAAUAAUCAACAAAGAUGAAAAGAAUCAUCGAUACAUGUUACUCAUUCCAGUCACAAUCAUCUUUUACCUGCUGACCGUUGGCUGUAACGCGUUCGUCAUGUCGCAGACCAAGUGGAUUGUCGAAACGAGAAAGUACACCAGCAUCACUCAAGAUUGGAAUUCAAUCAUUAAUCAAGUAAAUUAUUGUUUUCUUACGACCACGACUCAUUCUGCCCUUGUGUUUGCCAGUUAUUUCAUGUCGUGGAACCGACUAACGGAUCUCCUUCAACGACUGGAGCAAUGUGGCCAGUUUGACAACAGUCACUACAAGAAAUUCCGGCGUAUCUUUCAAAUUGGAUCGUGCUUCGUAUCGAUUGAAAUUGCAAUUCAACUUGUUGAAACGCUAAUCGACCGUUUGUGGAUUAGUGGCGUUGUGACAAGUUUACCAACGCCACAUGUCGUUUUCUCCGCAUUGAACGUGGUGUCACUCAUAUUCCCCUAUCUUGGCUCGAUCCUGUUUUGUUCGCUCGGAUGGAUGGCUUCUGUCAUGUUCCAAAUCAUGGCCGAAGAAAUCGAUUCAGCUAAACUAGAUUCCAACGACUGCUGCCUGAUGGUUACGACGUCUUUCAUUGAUGGCUGGAGGCGUCGUUAUUUCCUCAUUGUGGAAUUUGUAGACGAAAUUAAUCGCCAUUUUGGUUUUAUUUUAUUGGUUAUUACUGCUUCGGAAUUCGUUCGAAUGACCAACUCUUCUUUCCACUUAUUGGCGGAAUUUCUUGGCCAACAUUGGACAUUGUCCACCAUCCUCGUCGCCGUCGACUACAUCAAACAAACCAUCGGGUUUUGUUUUCUCGUUUACGUCCCUUCUAGAAUUUAUCGCGAGGCCAACGAUGUGAUAAGGAAAUUGCGAGUUACCGAGGCCAAAGAUUUCAGCUUACAAAAUCAGAUGAGAUUUCUAGCCGAGGAAAUGAUCCACUCACUUCCUAGUAUCACACCAAUGGGAAUGAUUCACGUCAAUCUUCAACUCAUUCCGACGUUGAUGGGAACGACCUUGACGUAUUUAAUUAUCCUUUGUCAAUUUCAGUCAUUGGAGACUAUUGAUAACAAAACGUAACGAGGAAGUCGUUUCUUUUUUGGGUUUCAAUUUCAAGCAGAGCCAUCGAACUAAUACGUAACACAAAAAGAGUUGUUUCAAUUUUUUUGAAAAAGAAUGUCAAAGACCCUAUGGCAAGUAUAAAUAACCGAUAGUCAUCCGGAUUAUAUACUGUAAAGCAUGUUGAAACGGAAAAGUCAUAGCUUAAUGCAACAUAUCGUGGUUUUCUUACAACAGUUCAAGGGGUUUAGACCAUUGUGCAAGGUUUCGUGAACGUAUCGAUCGAGACUGUCGUAAUUUGGUCGUAUAUCAAUAGUAAAAUCCUGUUUCCAUAUCACUGGUAUUGACGUGGCGAGCUGACCAGCUGAGAUAACAGGAUUACACUUUGUUCUGUGCUCUCUCGUUUCAUCGCUAAAUUAGUCUUUUCGAAGACCUGUCAUCAUCGAUUGCUAAACAGCAAAUAUCUGAGCAACACAUUGUAAUGCUAAAACCAUUCAUUCAGCUUAAAAAUAUAUUCGACUUGAAUUUA